AUAUGGUUUGAUAAUAAUGUUAUAAUAAGAUGUAAAGUACAUUUAUUUAAUUUUACAAAUGUUGAUGAAUUUAUGCGUGGUAUUGAUAAAAAAUUAAAAAUUAAAGAUAUUGGUGAAAUUGUAUUUCAUGAACAUCAAAUUUUAACAAAUGUAACAAUUAAUUCAGAAAAUUCAACUUUAUCGUAUAAUAUUAAAAGAGAACCAGUAUUUAUUGAAGAUUGGAAUAAAUUGGGUAUUUUAAAUGAAACAAUAACAGUACCAAAUUUACCAUUAUUAUUUAUGGCAUCAUUUUUACAUGAUUCAAAUGCAUUUACAAAACUUGGUUUUAAUGUGAUGAGUAAAAAAGAUCCACUAUUUGUUAAUGUAACAAUAUAUAAUUAUUUAUUUAAUUUUACAACACCGGCUCUGGACACAGCAGAUAGAUAUUUUUCAUUUUUAUUACCAACAAAUAAUGUUGGGAUAUUAAAAUCGGCAUAUGAGACACAACCACAAGGUGAUCAUUUCAAUAUUAAUAUUGGUGUUGAUAAUGGUCCAAAGAAAUUCUUUAAAACGAACACGUACAAUUAUCGGACAACUGUUACUGGUUUUGAAUUAGAAAAUGGUGAUUGUGAUGCAACAAUUGUUAAUUCAACUGAAGGCAAUAUUUAUGGUUCAUUAAUACAAAAAGAUGAUGUAUUAUGGUAUUGGAGAAAAAGUGUUUGUCGAAGUGUACCAUUACAUUUUGAAAAAGAAGUUUAUGAACAUUCUUUCUUGGGUUAUAAAUUUUUAGCACGUGAAAGUAUGUUCGAUCGUGAAGAAGAUUUGAAAAAAGAUUGUUAUGCUGGUAUGGGACGUAGAAUAUAUCCGAAUGGUUUAUCAGAUGCAUCAAAAUGUUUUAUGGGAUUACCAGUUGCAUUAUCAUUACCACAUUUUUAUGGUCGUGAUGGAUAUUGGAAUGAUAAAAUUGAAGGUUAUGAACCAUCAAAAGAAGAGCAUGCUUCAUUUGCAAUUGUUGAACCAACACUCGGUAUACCAUUACAUCAGAGAGCAAGAGCACAAUGUAAUCUUGUUUUACCAUCAUUAUAUGGAUUCCGUAGUGAAAUGAAAACAUAUUUUAAUAAUAUGGUUAUACCAUUAAUAUGGAUUGAAUACAGUGUCGAAAAUUUAACUCCACCAAUUUUCAUUUUGAUGACAAUUGCUAUAAAAAUUCUACCAAUUGCUCAACAUUUUAUUACAAUAAUAUUUAUAUUAACUGGUUUAUAUUUAAUAUAUUUAAAUUUAUGUCAUAAAAAAAUGAGUUUAAUAAAAUCAUCAUUAGCCGAUUAUAAAGAGAAGGAAGCAAGUAAAAUAUUAAGCGAUUAUGAGGAAUUUGCAUAUGAAAAAGGAAAAAAAUGUUUAAAUGAUCGUAUUUGUGGAAAAAUUUUAUUAAUUGUAUGCAUUAUAAGUUUUAUAACUGGUAUUUUAUUAUCAUGUAAUGAUUUAGUUGAUUUAUUAAUAAAAGAAAAAAUUAAAAUGAUACCAGGAACACCAUCAUUUGAACAUUGGAGAAAUCCAACUGGUCAUAUAAGAGUUAAAGUUUAUUUAUAUGGUAUUGAAAAUCCAUAUGCAUUUCAACGUGGUAUUGAUACAAAAUUAAAAUUAACACAAGUUGGACCAAUUAUAUACAGUCAUACUGUACAUCAAGAUGAUAUUGUAUUUGAAGAUGAUGGUACAUUAUCAUAUUCAACAAUAAGAGAAUUUAAAUUUGUUGAAGAAGAAAAUGAACCGGGAAUUAUGAAUAAAACAAUAACAGUUAUUAAUCCAAUGAUGGUUAAUUUAGCAUCAAAAACUGGAAAUUAUUUUGUACAAUAUUUAGAUGAUGUUUAUUUAAAUCGUACCGUUUAUGAUCUAUUAUGGAAUGGUUCAACAAAAUUAUUAGAUUUUUUUAGAUCACAUUUUUCAUAUAUAUUACCAACUGAUAAUUUUGGAAUAUUAUACAAUAGUUUUAAACAACGUAAAGAACGUUAUAAUGUUCGUAUUGGGGCUGAAAAUUUUGAAGAUUUUUGGAAAACAAAUACAAUUAAUGGUAAAACAAAAUUAGCAAAUUAUGAAAAUAUUAAAGGAUAUGAUGAUUGUCCAUUUUCAAUUGUUAAUACAACUGAUGGUACAGGAUUUCCACCAUAUAUAACAAAAAAUCAUAAAUUUAAAGUAGCAACAGCAAGAGUUCCCCGAUAUUUUAUUAUGGAAUUUGAAGAAGAAGUUAUUGCAAAUAAUAUUAAUUCAUAUAAAUUUGUUGUUACAAAUGAAAAUUAUAUGAGAACACAUGAUAAUAGAGAUUGUUUAGGAAAUUAUAAAAAUAUUGAAUUACCAAGUGGUGUUAUUGAUGCAUCAAUAUUAGCUUAUGAUAAUCCAUUAGGUUUUUCACCUCCUCAUUUUUAUGGUUUUGAUGGUGGUGAAUGGGAAACAUAUUUAGAGGGUUUAUCACCAGAUAAAGAAAAACAUCAAUCAUAUAUUGUACUUGAACCUAAAAGUGGUACACAAUUAGAAGGUAGUGCAAGUCUUCAAGGCAACAAUAUUAUUGGAAAUUUAAAUGGUUUACCAAAAUUGAGAGCAUUUAGUAAUAAAAUUAUACCAACAUUUUGGAUUGAACAGGGAUUUAAGAAUUUAGGUCAUGCAACCGAAGUAUAUUUUAUGAUAAAUGUUGUUCCUAUUGUACAAAUCGUUCUAAUCAUUGUAUUCUUCCUAUUAAGUGGAUGUAGUUGUUAUUUAGGAAUCAAAAAAUUAACAAAAUUUAAAACAGAAAAUAUGAAAUUUUGGCAAAGAAUUAUUAAUAGAAAAUCAACUGAUACAGUAUAAUAUAUAUGUAUAAUAUGUAAAUUAUUAAAAAGACAAUUAAGGAUUUAAUAUGUAAAUUAUGAAAAAAAAAUUAAAUAAUUUAAUAUUAUACAAAAAUUGCAUGCAUAGUACGCAAUUCCAGAAAGACUGUAAAAUUUGGUUUAAUCAAGAAUUAUUUUUCUAUUAUUAUACGAUUUUAAUAUUUAUAUUAUAUAAUAAAUAUGAA